AUGCCAAGUCAGGGGCGGAUGUCAAUGGACUCACCACCGGCGCCUCGCAGCAGCGUGAGCGUGAAAGUCAUAGGCCUGAUGAGGAAGCUCAUGGAGGACACGCCUGCCGUGGACAUCCACGCAUGCCCUGGCGGCACCCACCCGCAAUCUGGACCCUCAUCCAAUGGUGCGACCUCGAGGAACCAUGGCAGCAAACACACAGCACCAGAGGUUGUGGACCUCACCAUGAUCGAUUCGGACGAUGAGGUUGAAAGGGAAGAGGGAAAAGAGCAGGAUGUAGCAGUGAAGCACAAGGAGGGACAGGAGAACAAGGAAGCAAUAAAGGAUGAGGGGUAUCAGGGACAGGAUGAAAUGAGAUUGUCAGACGUUCACGAUGCUGGGGAAUUGAUGGAUGUUCAGGCAGAAGAUGAGUGGGCGCAGGGCAGUGAAGGGAUGGAUGAAGAGCCAUGUGGUGGUGUUGAACGCCCAGCCCUGGGAAGUUCCAUUAUUGAAUUCUAUGGAGAUGUUGGGACAUCCCCCCUUUGCAUCAAGACUCCCUCGAUGCACAAGGCCCUUGGAAGCACUCUCAGCUCUUGCGGAGAGGUGAGAGUGCUGGGACACACGCUGGUGGGCCCUGCUUAUGGGUUGUUCUGUCAGUUACAGCAGCGGCAUGGGCCCGAUCUGACGAUCACUAUGGACAAUGAAAAGUACGAUGAGACUGUAAUUCAGAGGAUAAUUCAGAGCGCACGCCGCCUGAUAUUCCCUGCAGGUCAUGAGGGGCAGGGCAUUCGCUGUGGGGGCUUUAAUUUACCACCUGAACUAGAGUGCAAGGGGUGUUUCACGGACAUGUUGAUCAGCAGGUUUGACCACCGGAGGAUGUUGGCUGGCCAGAGGGGUGUAUUUGCAACAGAGAGGAUUCCAAAGCACUGCGUGCUUGGUCCCUAUAGGAACCUGACCCUGCCCGAGAGGUUCUUUGACUAUUACAUGAAAAAUCCUCCCCCCAGGUGGAAGGAAUACGCAAGAGGCAGGUGCAGCCACCCCGACAGAGUAUGGGAGUUCUUGGUGAACAGCUACUCAGCGGAUGCCUACUUGACUCAAGUCACAAAUAGCCGAGGGGGCCACAGACAGGUGGAAGAAAAGUAUCGGUUGACCAUGUCGGCAUUUGGGUACGGGAAUAAAACCGCCCUUGUCAACGACCACCACAUGGAUCCUUUGGGGUUUUCUUGGGGCGAGGAUUGCACAUCGUACCUGGACCUACCAUGUGAGACGAGCCAAGCAUACCGUGCAGCAAGGCUUGGGAAAACAUACAGCAAGCCGAAUGUCGAUAUUCAACCCAUAUAUAUCAAUGGCUUCCCAUUUCUGUUCCUCAUCUCGAUCAGGGAGAUUGGUGCAAGGGAGGAACUGUUGUACGAUUAUGGGUACGAAUUUUGGGAUUGUCUGAAGCCCCUCCUAGACCAUUUAGACGCAGCUGACAAGGCUCUGGUCAAGAAAAUUAUGCGCAGAAAGUAG